CUCUUUUACACACCUCUAAUUAGGAAACCUCGAUUUCCCUAAUUUUGUCCCCUUCCGACACCCAAUAAAGAGAACCCCGCAUUUUCAAAUUACGCUCGAGUCUUCUUUGCUUCGGCCCAGCAUUUUCCCCCAUAUCACUUCCUCAGGCGAAAUCUAAUCACAAAUAUGAGUAUAAAACCAACAGUUGCAUUGAGAGCCAUUCUUGUAGGAGGAAUAGCUGCCUUUGCAAAAAUUGGUGGUGCUGUUAAAGCUGCAGGAGGUGUAAAAUUAGGUGCAGCUGCUGCUGCCAUGACUGCUGCAGCAACAGCAGCUAUUUCAGGACCUAAACAAGAAGAAAAGAAGGAUGUUUCUCAGCAGUUGUCCAAGUGAUGCACACAGCUUAUGUUUUAUUUGUUUUUUUCGAUGUAACUUAUAAACUGUCAAUAAAAGUUGUAGGUUUGGUGGAAUUUGCUAGUCAAAUGGUUUCCCGAGAUGAUCUUAAAUUAGCUCAGAUAUAUGGGUCCUUACAUUGCGGGACUCGCUAGCUCUGUACUAAUGGAAGAAGGAACUUGUUGAAGUGAAGCAUUUGUCAUCACUUAAAUUCUCUGAUAGAUGCAGAUUUUUCGCUCUCCAGAAUCUGAGGUAUGUAAUUGCUGUGUACUUUCAAAAGCAAAAUGUAUGUCUUUGUAAGGUUUUAAAACAUGGGAUUUUUUAAUAAACCCAGUUGGAAUUCCUUGAUCAUCAAAUCA